AUGUUCAAAAAACCAUUUACUGUCAAGAAAAACACUAAUCUACGGAAUUCAGACACUAAGAAGCUUCUGCAACGCUUAUCUUCUGCUUUUGGUGACAUAUUACCGAAAAAGGCUCAGUACGCUCAGGCAAAGAUAGUCACCUCAAAUGGGACCACGCUAAAUCUAUAUAUUGUGGAUAAAGAACCGAUGUUCUUCGAUUUUGAUGCAGCGGGAGUUCUUUUCCCAACGAUAUAUUUCACUUGGAUUGGACCCGCUGUAUUUCCUAUGCUUGUUGUGCACGAGCAGGUUCUUCAUUACCUGGAGAACGGAGCGGACCUUAUGCUUCAAGGAGUAAUCCGAAAGGAAUUGAUUCCUUUGUACGAGUUCAAUUCUGGUGAUGCUGUGACAAUUUCGAUCCUCACUGAUGGCAAAAUAAUGGGACCCAUAGCUGUUGGUAUUACACUUAUGUCGUCCCGAGAGAUGAUAGCUAAUAAAUUUGAGGGUAAAGGCGUUCAAAUAUUACAUAUCUUCAGAGAUUUACUAUGGGAAUUUGGAUCGCGAACUGCACCACCAGUACAUGAAAUUAUUACAAUCUUCAAUACAGAAAAAAAACCUGAGCCAACCUUAGAUGAAGAGUUCCCACCUCUGGGUACAUUGUGUGUUAGUGAAAAGGAUGUCGAUCAAACCAGCGCUAUUUUGCAUGGGAUACAGCAGUCUUCUUCUGUCCAGGAUACGACUGACAUCCAGGUAGCAGAUAUCACGAAAGAACAACAGCUAGAGGAAUCAACGGAUGAUUUGCUAUAUCGCUGCUUCUUGGCUGCCCUGAAGUUCAGACUAGAAAAGCUGCCGAUGGAUGUUGGCCAGUUUUAUUCGCAAUGUCUGUUGAAAUGCGUACCCGCAACAAGACGGCUGGAUAUGAAGAAAACGAAGUACAAGAAAUUUGGGGUUUUCUUGGAAGAGGUAAAUAAGAUGGAAGACGGACCUAUCCUUCGAAUCAGGAAGGAGGGGAAGGGAGCAGAUACAAUAGAAGAGGUCUACAAAUCUCACCCUGCUUUGCGAUCAUUCACUGUAACUGAUGAGAUUAUCGCGGAUGAAGAGGAAGAGACUGGAAAAUCCGGACCUAAGAUCCAUGAAUACUACUCUGUGACUGAUGCAGUUCUACCGGUAUUAAAAUGUCGAGGUUUUGCUAAAGGUCAGCUACUGGAAGGCGGAGAGGUCCGAGAAAUUGUGACAGACUACGUGAAGAAAGAAGAACUGCACAACGGUAAAAUAGUCCGACUUAAUCCCAUUCUUGCUCAAGUUACGAGGAUCAGCGAUGAAUGUACGGAUUGGAAUACUCUCAUACAGAAAGUACAGAGUAAAAUGACAAAGACAUUUGUCCUGCGGAUGCCAGAUGGGCGAGAGCUUAUAAGGAAAAUCAAUAUGCCUAAAAUAGUUUUCAAGGUGGAAACGAGAUCUGGUAACAAGAAGGUGACGCUGAUAAACAACCUCGCGGUGUUUGGAAUAGAGCCAAAACGUUUUUGCCACCAAAUACAGAUUGAAGCGGCUACAAGUGCAACAACAGCUAGCGAAGCAGUGAAUUGUGAAGGUCCACAAGUGACAGUGUUAGGAAAUCAGGUCACAUACCUUGGUGAACUUCUCAUGAAGGAAUACGGAAUCGACAAGAAAUACAUAGAGGGCCUAGAUCUCGGUAUAAAGAAGAAACGGAAAUAA